GAUUGACAUCUCCCGGCUGCCGUGUCGGGACCGCCCUGCUCUGUCCCGGACGGAGUUCCGCGGGCCUCUGCGGCACCCUCGGGCACCUGUCCCGGCCGGGAGCCGCCACCUGCGUUCCGCUUCCCGCCUCCCGGCCGCGCCCGGCCCCGCGGGGCGCCGGGGCGGAGCAGGACCUGUCCCGCCCCACUGGGCCGCAGGUCGGGUCGCCGCCGUAGCCCACCCUGAGCUGUCCAGUCCCGGCCGCGGUCGCAGGAUCCGCGCCCCCGGCGCCGGGCGAUGGAUCCCGAGUCGGCGGGGGACGAGCUGUCCCGCUUGCGCUCCCUGUUCCUGGCGUGCGACGCCAACGGCUCGGGCCGCAUCGAGCGGGAGGACUUCGCGGCACUGUGCGCCGAGCUGCGGGUGCGGCCGGCCGAGGCCGAGGCCAUCUUCCAGCGCCUCGACAGCGACCGCGACGGGGCCAUCACUUUCCCGGAGUUCGCCCGUGGCUUCCGCGGCGCCACGCGGCCGCAGCCCGGUGGCGGCGAGCCUGGGGGCGAGGAGGGCGACGGGGAGGAGGCGGCCGCGUGGGUCGCCGCGGGGCUGGAACAGCCCUGGAAGGACUUCGAGGUGCGGCUCGGUGACGAGGCGAGGUACAUCCCCAGGCAAGAGCAGGUCAGUGUUCUGUAUCAGAACAUACACAUAGCGGAACCAAGAUUAAUCCAGUCAUACGAACAUGUAAUUAAGAACUUCAUCCGGGAGAUCAAACUUCAAAGCACAGAGAUGGAAACUUUGGCCAUAGCGGUAAAAAGAGCUCAGGAGAAGGCAGCAGUUCAGCUCAGUGAGCUAGAGGAAGAGAUGGAACAACGGAUACAGGCUGCAGAGCAUAAAGUUAAAAAGGAAGAGAAGCGAAAAGCUGAAGAAGCACUAAAUGAGCUGAAGCGCCAGUAUGAUGCUGAAGUUGGGGAUCUUCAGGUGACAAUAAAAAAGCUUAAAAAGCUGGAGGAGCAAUCCAAAAAUGUAAAUCACAGGGAAGAUGUGGGUGAACUGAGAAAAAGAAUGCAUGAUAUGUUCCUGGAAAAUCAGAAACUUAAGAAAGAUCUUUUAGAAGCGCAGACAAAUAUAGCUUUUCUACGGAGUGAAUUAGAUAGCUUGAAAAGCGAGUAUGCAGAUCAGUCUUUGAACACUGAGAGAGACCUAGAAAUUAUCCGUGAGUAUACUGAAGAUAGAGAUAAUCUGGAAAGACAAAUUGAAAUACUGCAAUCAGCUAAUAGAAAGUUACAUGACAGUAAUGAUGGUUUAAGAAGUGCACUUGAAAACAGUUUCAGCAAGUACAACAGAUCAUUGCGGUUAGCAAACACCUCACCAGGAAGUACCAAUUCUAGAAGCAGUCCUAAAUUUAAUGGUGGACAUUCUCCAAAUCCACGGUAUGACAGAUCAUCUCAUUCAUCUUGUGUAGAUGAAGAUUUUGAUUCUUUAGCCCUUUGUGAUCCUAUGCAAAGGAUAAACUGUGAAGUUGACAGCUUACCUGAGAGCUGUUUUGACAGUGGUUUGUCUACCCUGAGAGAUUCAAAUGAGUAUGAUUCAGAAGUGGAAUACAGGCAUCAAAGGAUUUUUCAAAGGCCACAGUGUAUGCAAGAAGGCUUUGGUGGUGAUGCUUCUGAUACAGAUGUUCCAGAGAUCAGGGAUGAAGAAGCAUACAGUCCUGAUAACAGCACUGCAGUGUUAGACUGGAAGCCCUCAAGACCAGUAAGUCGAAGCAGCUCAAUUGCUUCAACAAGGAAAUACAUAUCUGCCCUCACUCCCCAGAGGGAUUAUUUUUAUUUUCAGUCAGAUACAGCCGAAUGCACUCCAAAAUACCCCAGUUCAGAGAAGGCUUACAAGAUUGUUCUUGCUGGAGAUGCAGCAGUGGGAAAAUCCAGUUUCCUUAUGAGACUUUGCAAGAAUGAAUUUCGAGGCAAUACCAGUGCAACUCUGGGUGUGGACUUUCAAAUGAAAAGAUUAAUUGUUGAUGGAGAACCCACAGUGCUGCAACUGUGGGAUACAGCGGGGCAGGAGAGAUUCCGAAGUAUUGCUAAAUCAUACUUCAGAAGAGCAGAUGGUGUCUUACUACUAUAUGAUGUAACAUGUGAAAAAAGCUUUCUUAACGUGAGAGAAUGGGUGGAUAUGAUUGAGGAUGCAACUCACGAGAAUAUUCCAAUUAUGAUGGUGGGAAACAAGGCAGAUCUCCGUCAAACUGUUACAGAACAAGGGCAGAAGUGUGUGCCUGUAAACUAUGGAGAAAAGCUGGCUAUGACUUAUAACGCACUAUUCUGUGAAACAAGUGCUAAAGAUGGAUCUAAUAUUGUAGAAGCAGUUCUUCAUCUUGCUCGUGAAGUGCGAAAACGAAGUGAUAAUCAAGAUGAUACGAAGUCAGUGACCAGCCUGGCUGGGACACCUGUCAAAAAAUCAGCACUCACAAAAAAUUGUUGCAAUGUUUAAGAGACACCUAAUUUCCCUGAAAAACGUGUGUUUUAAAAAAACCCAAACCCAAACAACAAAAAACAAACCAACAACCAAGUCAAAAUAUUUCAAUAAUGUUUUCUUUUUGUUAUGGAUUUAUACAUUUGUGUGUUUAGAAAUUGUGUAUUAUGUUAAAAAUUCGGACUCUACUUUCUAUUAAUUCAUAAUUUGUGCAAUUGCUUUACUCCAUAGACUCUGGUUUCACUUUUCUUAAGUAAUAUAAUACAGUGAAACGAGCUCAGAAUCAGUGCUGCAGUAGUCACAGCAUACAACGUUGCAGUACAUAUUGUUUUCUCUACCUACAUGUUUCUUUAUGGCCAGGGUAUUUCAGAACUAUGUCACUCAUAGGUAAAGAGAAAAUUACAGCUUCAGUUAAUCUUUUUGCUCGUGUCCACUUAUCUAGCUUUUGAGGGCCUUCAGUUAUAUGUUGAGGAAACAUUUCUUUAAAAACUCUAAAUCAUUAAAAGUUUGCCCUGGUCCAAGUAAAGCCUAAGUUUAGGGCAUGAAGCAGAAUGAUCUCUGUUGGGAAAAGACAAGUGGCAGGUGCGUGGGAUUCUGGUGUACUUUCUCAAAAGUUGGUAAGUUUAGAAUGUGUUCUGUUUUGGGAGUUGGGGUUUGUUUCAGAACUGAGUAUACUUUACAUCUGAUCCUACACAGCUCAGAGGUGAAGGAAACAUUGGUGUGGACUAUUACCAUUCAAAAUUCCAGAGAGAAUGUAACACCUUUUACAUUCAUUGCUGAAAUGAGUUAAUGAUCCAACCUGCCUGUUUGUUUAGACUUUAUCAUUAUUAGUAUUACAGAGUGAUAGGGAUUGUAAUUUUCCCCUUGUUUUUCAAAUGUCUUCUGCUCAGUCAGUAAUUGAGGGAUUGUAAUAAUACAUAGGAGUCUGAUUUAAGGGAUAUUUUUUGUCCAUUUUAAAAGUUUUAAACGAUGUGAAAGAAUUGCUGCACAUGCACAAACAUCUGUAUAAGCUGUUCAUUAAAAGAAGACCCUGACAUGAGCAGCAACCACUUACCUUAGUGAGAAUUCCUUUACCUGAUUUUGGGAAUGUUCUGAGAAACUCAGCAAGGGGUGGUAGCAUUAAGUGUCAGCAUGUCUAAAAACUGAGUUGUUAUUAUUGCUUAAAAUAGUUCCAAAAAGUUCUACAGUGUAGUAACAAUUUUAGGUAUUUAUACAGGUAACUGCCAUGAUCCAGUUCUUCUUAGCUUUCACUAAUUUUGAUCAGAGUGGAAUCUUUUCCAAACCAGCAAACUGGUUUGUCUCUUCUGUAUCUAUUAAUAAAACAUCUCCAGGCUAACUCUGUAAGUCAACCUUGGAUGAAGUUUAUGGACUGAUUGGAAACGCGUAUGACUGGCAGCAGUUACUACUUUUUAUCAGCAUCGUAUUUGAACACCGUGUAGCCUGUAUUGUGUUAUCCGUUGUAUUAAAUGUAGAGUUCUCAAAACCAGGAUGAUUCAUAAUUAAAAAAAAAAAAAAAAAAAGUUUAAGGUAGGAAGAACCGUGUUUUUAGGCAUCCUUUCAAACUCUUACCAGAGCAGUUAAUCCUCAGGUAAUUAUCUGGAAGUUUGUUCUUAACAAGACAGAAAAAUCUAAUACUAGAAUGAAUAAGACAUUUCACAGGAUAGUAAUUCAGCUCUAGAAGAGAAAACUUAUUUGGCGGUGUGGUUUUCUUUAAAGUACUAAGAGAAUUUUCACACACUACUUUAUUCCAAGUGAGAGACUUCAGGCUUGUAACAUCUUCCUGCAGAGCAGUGCAAGAGGCCUCACUGUAGUCCUGAGAUUUAUCUGGAGCUGGUGGCAGAGAAUGAAGGACACUCAAGUGUAUAAGAAAUAAUGCCUAGUCACAUACAUUUUAUCUGCUAUUAACCUUGUACUAUUUAAAUGAGAAAGUUACAGUUCCAGUUAGCUUCUCUGAGGAGAGAAACAAUGUUGAACUGACUGCGUUGAUGAGGGCCUCUUCUGUGUUCUUCUCUUUCUCCAUGAGUGAAAUUGAAGUAGUAUUAAUUUGAGUUGUAUUUGCAAAGAAUUCUUCCUGCAGCAGUAGGGAGAAGAGAAGAAGAGGAUCCAGAGCUUGGUUUCUGAAGUGUGACCUUACAACAUGUAGGCAUUUGCAUUUUCUCAGGAUAAGAAGGUCAUGAUUAUAAGUUUUCUGAAAAAUCCAUGUACCAGGAACCUCAAAAAUAGCCGAGCCAGAGAAGCUAACUAAGACUUUCAUUCAAAUAAAAGGGAGAGUUCCUUGGACAAUCCCCCCAGGUGGGGUCUCUCAACUGAAUGGGGGUCGCAGUCUCUUUUAUCCCCUCUGCCCAAAACACAAGUCCCUCUCUGUUUCUCCACUGACUGAGGUACUCAGGGUUUACAGACUUCCUAACAGGCCUACAUGUCCCCCAUUACAUGCUCAUUAGGGGCUUUGAGGGUCCUCAGCAUUUUCAAAGUGAAGGUUACUGCAUAUUUAUCCCUUGCUGCUGAUUGGUCUUCAUGUUCUGGGCACUCUAAUAUCUUGCGCUGGGCAGUUACAUAACUUUUCUAUCCCUUACUACUAAGCUAACUGUGACUACUACAAACUUUACGAGAACAUUCUACUUAUUCCUAAUAAUCUUCCCUUUUUUUUUAAAUUAUGGUCUUGCAAAAGGGAGUGCCAUUU